AUGACGACCCAGACCCAGACCAAGAACCGGGCGCUGGCAAUCGUCGACGACGCGGCUGCUGGGGGCUACGGGAUAGCAGCGCUGUGCUGCUACAACAUCGAGGGCAUCAUCGCGACGGUGCGGGCGGGCGAGGCCAAGAGGGCGCCGGUCAUCAUCCAGCUCUUCCCGUGGGCCAUCGAGUACGCGGACGGUCUGCUGGUGCACGCGGCGCGGGAGGCGGCCGACAAGGCCUCGGUCCCGGUGGCGGUGCACAUGGACCACGCGCAGUCGCCCGAGGUGAUCCGGCGGGCGGCCGAGCUGGGCGGGUUCGACGGCAUCAUGGUGGACAUGAGCCACUACGAGAAGGAGGAGAACAUGUCCCGGACGAGGGAGCUGGUGGCCUACCUGCACGGCAGGGGCAUCAUCGCCGAGGCCGAGCCGGGCCGCAUCAACGGCGGGGAGGACGGCGUCGAGGACACGGGCGACCUCGAGGGCAUCCUCACCACGCCCGAGCAGGCCGGCGACUUCCUCGACCUCGGCAUCGACUGGCUGGCACCGGCCUUUGGCAACGUCCACGGCCGCUACGGUCCCGGCGGUCCCCGCCUCGACUUCGCCCGCCUCGGGCGCGUCCACGACGUCACGUCCCGGCGAGGCGUCCAGCUCGUCCUGCACGGCGCAAACGACUUUGGCGAGUCCCACUUCCGGGAGUGCGUCGCCCACGGCAUGGCCAAGGCAAACAUCAACGACGCCUUCAACUCCCAGUUCACCAGCACCAUGAGGGACCGCGCCGGCAAGGUACCCCUCACCACCCUGCUCGAGGAGGCCACGACGGCCAUGCAGAAGGUCAUCGAGACGCACAUUGACUGGCUGGGGUCUACCGGCAAGGCACCCUUGAUAGCAUCUAAAUGA